CUCCAACCACCCUUUUCUUCUUUUAAAUUACCACACUCAAUUCCCUCACCACAACAACCAAGAGAGAAUCUAAUUACCAAGAUGGAGUCCAGAAAGAGUGUUCAUGCCAUAAUGGCAUUGUUAAUGUUAGUAGUAGUAGUAAAUGGAGCAGAUCAGCCAUCUCCAGAAAAGCCAUUGGUGAAGAUAGUGAAGGGGAAGAAGCUGUGUGACAAGGGAUGGGAGUGCAAAGGCUUGUCCGUAUAUUGCUGCAACCAGACUAUUUCUGAUUAUUUCCAGACCUACCAAUUCGAGAACUUGUUUUCAAAGCGCAACACACCUGUGGCUCAUGCAGUAGGGUUUUGGGACUACCAUUCUUUCAUCACAGCAGCUGCAAUUUACCAGCCUCAUGGGUUUGGUACCACCGGAGGAAAGCUCAUGGGCCAGAAGGAGGUUGCUGCUUUUCUUGGCCAUGUGGGCAGCAAAACUUCAUGUGGCUAUGGAGUGGCUACAGGAGGACCAAUGGCUUGGGGUUUAUGCUACAACAAGGAAAUGAGUCCCAGCCAAUUUUACUGUGAUGAUUACUAUAAGUACACCUAUCCAUGCACUCCUGGCGUUUCAUAUCAUGGUCGUGGUGCCCUGCCUAUUUACUGGAACUAUAACUAUGGUAAAACUGGAAAAGCUCUGAAGAUUGAUUUGUUGAAUCAUCCAGAAUACAUUGAAAACAACGCCACACUAGCCUUCCAGGCUGCAAUCUGGAAGUGGAUGACUCCGGAGAAGAAACAUCUGCCAUCAGCUCAUGAUGUAUUUGUCGGCAAAUGGAAACCUACCAAGAAUGACACUUUGUCCAAGAGGGUACCUGGUUUUGGCACCACCAUGAAUGUCCUUUAUGGAGAUCAAGUUUGUGGGAAAGGCGACGACGAAUCUAUGAACAAUAUAGUUUCUCACUACCUAUAUUACCUUGACCUGAUGGGCAUCGGGAGAGAGGAGGCAGGACCUCAUGAAGUGCUGAGCUGUGCUGAGCAGGUUCCUUUCAACCAAGCUGCUUCCUCUUCAUCAUCUUCUUGAGCCUUGUUUAAUAUCGGUAAAUAGUCUGUCCAUUGUUGAACUGUUCCUCUGUGAAGGAAAAAUUUUAAUAAGGGACAGGCAAGUAUAGUUUUGAAUACUUAAUGCAGCUUCUGAGAAGAAGAAGAAAAAGAAUUUCUAUUCAACUUUUGUUUUUGGUAUGAAUCUGCUGUAUAGGGAGUUUAUAUUAAUUGAACCGCUUAUGCCUUUCCUUGUUUAUGUGUAAAUCUUUGGUAUAAUUUGAUUAUUAUGUUUACAAGCUGUAUAAUUUUUGUUUUUGAUCAUGGAUUUAUUCGCAGUAA